GUUGUUACAGCGCACGUACGGUUCCUGUCGGCAUCGGCUCUCCGUUCGCCCUAUGUCUCGGAAGAGAGAGAGAGAGGGGGAGAGAGUAGAGCCGACCGGGAGCAGCUCCGACGGAAGAGCUUCGAUGGAGCAUGCCGUGGUUCGGGGUGCGGUAUCGGGAGAUGAAGGAGAGGAACUCUGAUUCGCUUUCCGUGUUUUCUUAGGGAGCCGUAAAUGCGUGCUCUUGAAGCAAUGCCCUUGAUUUCCUUCGGCAAUCUCUCUGUUUUCUCACACCCUGCUUCGGUUUCAGCUAAUUCUUUGUUUCUUAGUCGAAUGCCGUGAGUUCUCCGGGGUUGAUCUUGGUCUAUUGGAUGCGACGGAGGUUUUGGAGAUCUGCGGACGAAUUCCUCGCAGAGCGCAUUCGAGUUCCCGACGGAUUUUAGAUUCGAGUGGAGAGGUUCAAAAGUUGGGUUCGAUUGCAGAUCUUGCCCUCCGGAGCUCGGAGUUCUCCCAAAGAACUUCUCGAAGUUUUUCACUCAUGAUGAUUGCUUAGAAAAUAAUUAACGAGACUAUAUUGUACUCGUUGAAGUUGAAUCGGAUGAGAUUUUAGAUUAUUUUCAGUAAUUUGUUUAGUGCUUUAAUUGGUGGGUCUAUGAGCCGGACUGGCUAUGUAAUGCCAACCAUUAAUUAGUAUGGUGGUGCUUCCUUCUCCAUAGCUCUAUGUUUUUCUCCUUCUCGUUUUGGUGGAGCCGUGGAGGGUUAAAGCAUAGAAAGAGUUAAGAGGAAUGGGCUUCGCCUUUGCUUUGAUGAGGAUUUUAAAAGAACAAAGCUUUUUUCCCGUUCUUUUGGACAGAAGAACCCCUUAAACUUGACUUCUCAGAUAACCUGUGGGAUGUUAUAAUUUGGCCUUUCCUUAACCUAGUAUUUUUAUGAUGGAGCAGUUUGCGAUUUUUAUAUCAGUUUCUUUAACUUUACUUGUAUUGUCCCUAUCACUUGCCAUUGCUGACUUAAGGUCUGAUGAGCAAGCACUUAUAGACUUCGCUAAUUCCGUCCCUCAUGGCCGUAAUCUAAACUGGACUUCUCAGAAUCCAAUUUGUUCCUCUUGGGUCGGAGUAACAUGCACACCUGAUAAUACUCGUGUGUGUAGUCUCCGGCUGCCAGCCGUUGGGCUUUUUGGCACCAUCCCCCUUGAUACUCUUGGUAGACUUGAUGCCCUUGAAGUCUUAAGUCUUCAUUCUAACCACCUUAUUGUAACUCUCCCUCCCGAUGUUCCAUCAAUUCCUUCUUUGCAUUCUUUGUUCCUUCAACACAACAAUUUGUCUGGAUUUAUACCAUCUUCACUAUCUUCCAACCUAACAUUUCUUGAUCUUUCCUAUAAUUCCUUCGUAGGAGAAAUUCCACUGACUAUCCAGAACCUUACUCAGCUUAAUGCAUUGUUUCUUGAGAACAACUCACUAUCUGGAUCCAUCCCGGACCUUCAGCUUCCCGGGCUUAAACGUUUGAAUCUCAGUAAUAACAACCUCAGUGGCCCCAUACCACUAUCCCUCCAAAGGUUCCCGGCUGAGUCUUUUCUGGGAAAUAUUUUACUUUGUGGAUCUCCUCUAGCACCCUGCUCUGGAGUUUCUCCUCCAGUAUCCCCUGUAAGACCAAAAAGAAGCUUUUGGAAAAGACUGAGCGCAGGUGCCAUUAUUGGAAUUGCUGGUGGUGGAGCAAUGCUUCUGCUUCUACUUGUCAUUGUAGUCUUCUUAUGCUUCUUCAGGAGGAAACGUGGGGAAAGUAACAGAGAAUCUAAAGGAAAGGGAACACAUGGUUCAAGGAAUGAAAAACGUGAGGAGUACAGCAGCAGUGCCCAAGAGGCAGAGAAGAACAAGUUGAGUUUUUUUGAGGGAUGUACUUACAAUUUUGACUUGGAAGAUCUAUUAAGAGCUUCUGCUGAAGUUCUUGGCAGAGGAAAUCAUGGGACCACAUAUAAAGCUGUUCUAGAAGAUGGUACAACUGUUGUUGUGAAGAGGUUGAAGGAAGUAAUCAUCGGAAAGAGAGAGUAUGAGCAACAGAUGGAAACGAUAAAAAGAGUCAAGCCUCACCCUAAUAUAGUUCCCCUUCGAGCUUAUUAUUACUCCAAAGAUGAGAAGCUUCUCAUUUAUGAUUAUGUUCCUUAUGGCAACUUCUCCUCCUUGUUACAUGGUAGUAAGGGUGCUGGAAAGACUCCGUUAGACUGGGAUUCCAGAGUAAAGAUUUCUCUUGGAGCUGCACGUGGCAUAGCACAUAUUCAUGCCGAAGGUGGUGGAAAGUUCAUUCACGGAGACAUCAAAUCCAACAACAUACUUCUGACCCAGGAACUUGAUGCUUGUGUAGCUGAUUAUUGCCUUGCCCCAUUCAUGCACGCUUCAGCAACCCAAUCCAGAGCUGUCCUGGGCUACCGUGCACCCGAAGUCGUUGAAUCAAAGAAGUACUCUCAGAGGUCUGAUGCCUACAGCUUCGGUGUGUUGUUACUGGAGAUGCUCACCGGAAAAGCUCCACUUCAAUCUCCCGGACGUGAUGAUGUUGUCGAUCUGCCGAAAUGGGUCCAAUAUGUGGUUCGAGAAGAAUGGACUGCUGAAGUAUUUGACGUGGAUUUGAUUAGGCAUCAGAACAUUGAGGAAGAGAUGGUUCAGAUGCUUCAAAUUGCCAUGGCAUGUGUUUCCAAGGUUCCAGAUCAGCGACCCAAAAUGGAGGAAGUGAUCAGAAUGAUCGAAGGCAUCCGUAACUCUGACUCAGAGAACCGACCAUCCUCGGAGAAGUCAAAAGCUGACAACAAUGUCCAAACACCACUAACAGAGAUGGAAACGAGGACAGAGAUCACAAGGUAACCCUUUUAGACAAUAGGUAUCUAGUCCUGUAAGUUGUUUUUCUAAUCAGAAAUUGAUGUGUGGAACUUGUUCUGAUUUCUGAAAGGUGUUUAGGCACAAAUGUGCUUAGGAAGCCGAUUGAUUUCUGAAUUGUUGUACGUAACACCAUUGUUUUCUUAGCUACUCUAUUUAUCGUUUUCUUUCCAUGACAUAUAAACUUGAUGUUAGCUCAACUUGAUGUAACAAGGAGGUUAAUUACCAUCAUGUAAUUAUCCUAUUAGGUA